AUGGAUGAAACAACUUUGAAUCAAUUGAUCGAAUUCUAUGAAUCUGGCGAACAAGAAAAGAUUGAAUAUGUUUUCCAGUUCUUACAAAAUGUACAAUUUGAUUCAAGUGUUGGAAAUACUAUAGUUAACAAGAUUUAUACUGAAGGAAUGUCUGAAUUGCGAAUUCUUCUAUGCUUAUCAAUAUUAAAAAGCUAUAGAGUACCUUUAGAAAACCCUUUUGCACUACUUCCUCUCCUUUUAUCAAGCAAUUCUUCAAUAGUUUCGAUGGCCUCAUUAAUUAUAUCAAAUUUCAUAAUUACAGAAGAGCAAGUUAAAGCUCUUUUGUCAUUAGAUUCUCAAUAUUAUAAUGGCUGUAUCUCAAUUAUAAACCAUUGCAUAGAUAAUCAAAUAUAUUCACCAGUCAUAGUCGAAUUUUUAAUAAACGUGUUCAACAGUUCAUCAGACCUUGAAAUAAAAGUCAAUGUAGCGAGUACAUUAUCCGAUAUUUUAAUCAAAACAAAAAUUUGCGAUGAAAACUUAACAAACUUUUACAAAGAGUGCUUACAACAAGAAAUUUCUAAUGAAAACCUUCCAAUAUUGAACGCAUUAUUGCCCGGUACAUCAUUUUCCAUGUUUAAAGGAGACGCUUUCAAUCUUUUACUGAAUCACUUUUCUUUCGUUGCUCAAAUGUGUCCUCUUCCUCAUAUCGAAUACAACGGCGUUACACUUUCUUCAUUCUCACAAAGUUUGGCUUUAGAAUUAAAGCGUUUACUUUUUCCUGAAGACUUUCACAGUCCAUAUGAGCAAGAAGGAGAAGAAGAAGAAUAUCUUUAUCAAGAAUUUACAGAUGGUGACUUCAUCUUUGAUUCUGAGCUUCUUGUCCGUUCAUGUAUCAGCCACUGUUUACUUGAUGACGACAAAAUCGAAACAUUUUCUAAUGAUUUGAGUUCAUACAUUGAAUUCAUUACUGAUGAAGAUUCUAUUCGUUCAUUAUGUGUUAAAAUGCUAAGUAAGAAUUCCUUGUUACAAACAGCCGUUGAUGUUUGCAAAGAAACAAUGUAUCUUUCAGAGUUACAUGAAGAAGCAUCACUUUUCAUUCUUACAGGUAUCCUUACUCAUGACAACCCAUAUGUUAUUGACUGUCCUAUUCCACAAUCAAAUGAAUUUGCUCUUGCGCAGUACUUCAAUUACGUGAUUGAGUACGAGUCCGAUGUUUCACCAACAAUUGUUUCAGAAGCACUUGACGACGAAUACUCAUUCAUUGUUUAUCUUAAUGUUUGUUUUACUCUUUCACAGAUUGAACGUGUUUUUCCUGAUUCAACUAUUUUAGCUGUUGAACGCGUUAUUUAUAUGAUCAACGUUCUUGGCGACAACAGCAACAACGAAUUCAUGACUGACAUUCUUUCCCGUCUUGUCAGACAUUCGCCAAUUAGUUUUGCCGAUGUUUUAGAUGAUUUUUUGUCUACACUUGUUGGUCUUUUAGAACAAUUUUACAUGAAUCACACAUUGUAUGGUAGCAUUGUUUUGUGUUUUGGAGCAUUGUCUAAAGUUCCAGAAUUCCACAGUUAUGUUGUCAACAGUGUUUGUCCAGUUGUUCUUAGUCUUCUUUCAGACUCAACGUCAGUCCGCUGUGGUAUUGACAUGUGUGUUUCAUUACUUACAAACAAGAACUCACUUGAUCAACUUGAAAGUAUUCAAGAAUCUGUUUCAUCUAUUUGUAAUGCUUUCUUCAGUGCACUUGAAAGUAUCGAACUUGACAAGUAUCUUGGUGAGAAGAUUUCCAAAAUCAUGUUUUUCUUCUCUAAAGUUAGUUGUAGCGAUGAAGUCUAUGAUACAUGUCUUUGGUUGUUACGUAACAUGGAUCCACUUUUUUUCAAAUGUUUUUGUUCUGUUUUAGUUGUUUUCAUUUCAACACGUGGUUUUGAUGCAGCUAUUGACGUCUUCAACAUUCUUUCAGAACGUCUUCAUAGUGAACAUUCUAACAUCCUUUCACAAAUUGCAUGUUGUCUUUUCUCAGUUCUCUCUCUGAACGACAAAGACUCAGUUGUAUCUCAUCUUUCAAGUCUUAUUCCAGAUCUUUUGAAUCUUUUCAUCGACAAAGCUCUUUCAUUUAAUUUUAUAUCAUCAUUUGACCUCAAACUCAUGUGUUUUGGUCUUUUUGUUUUCCACGAUGUUGAUACACGUAUCAUUUGUGCAUGCAUCAGUCUUCUUGAACAAAGCACAGAUUACGAACAAGGCAAAACAUACUCAUUCUGCAACAAUGAUCCAUUAUACUUCUCUCACCCUCUUAAGAACGAACCUGUUUUAGAUAGCAUUCAUCGCCUUUUCCCAGACACAUCUAUCUUAGACUCCGAUGCACAAUCAAUGAUCAAACGAAUUGAAGAACACAACCAAUAA